AUGAGCGAGGAGGCGGCAGGUGGAACGACACAGCCUGCCACGAUUGUUGUGCUGCCGGAUGAGUUGUGGCUUCAUCUGCUUGCCUUUCUCAAGGAACAAGAUGUGGUCUCGCUCCACUUCGUAAACCGCCAUUUGUAUAGGCUGGCAGAGGAUGACGCCGUGUGGCGCGCGCUGUUUGUGGCCAAGUACCCAGAGCAGCUGCACGACCGGGCGCUCGCCCGCCACGGCUGGAAGGAGCGGCUGCGUCUGGUCCACGCCUGCUGGCACCACGGCAAGUUCGCCGUGCGGCACAGCCUAGCCACCCACACCCGCUUCGGCGGCAUCAGGUUCGCCAACUUUGCUGAAGACGAUGAGAACCUCAUCGUGGGCGGCAGCACCCAAGGGCACAUCGUCAUCUGGAACCUCGACAAAGAACCAUCAAGCGAGCAGAGCAACAGGGACUCGACGCAGGAUGAUACGACGGACCCUUCGGUGGAACACAUCGCGGCGCACUCGCAGUGGGUGAACCUCGUCAAGCUGAUGCCCGACCUCGCAGGCAGUGUUGCCGAUUCCACCACUCUCUUGAGCGCAAGCGAUGACAACACGAUUGGCCAGUGGGACAUUGAACGAGGAGUCUGCGUGCGUACCUUUGACGGUCAUACGGGCUGGGUGCUGGCCCUGGACUGCGACGCGAACACGAUCGUCUCUGCGGGCAGCGUUCAGCCCAUCAACAUCUGGGACGCACGGUCGGGAUCCAGGCGCUCCAUUCCAUGCGGCAGGGAUCUACGCAUGAACGAGAAGCCGGUGAAGGAGCUCCCUCAGCCGGACACCCUGUGGACGCUACAGCUCAGCGGAUCGCGGCUCCUCACCGGUGGGGACCACUCCGACAUGCACCUGAGCGUGCAGUCGCUGCAGUUCUCGGCGACGCGCAUCGUGAGCGCUUCGCUUGCUGGCCGUAUUUCAGUUUGGGGACCGGACUAUGGCCAGCCCUGA